CAAUCGAUAUAGUUUGACCAUAAAAGCGUUAGUUGGUCACGUAUUAGAUGGAAAAUAGCUUGUAUUGAAAUAAAGAGAACAGAGUAGUGUUUGUUUAGGAAACAUCCUGUGUGUGAAGUGGCGGUGGCGGAGAGCGAGGGUAAUGCCGUGGCGGGAGGGGUAGGCCUCGCCGUGAAUAGCAAGGUAUAUCCAAGCCCGGGGGCGGCGCGCGGCGUGUGGGCGCUGCCGCAGCCGCCCCCGUGCACCAUGGCGGCGGAGGAGUCGCUGCCCCCCUGCUCGCCCAUGUCCCCCGACGCGCCCACCACGCAGCCUCGCAUCACCACCAACAUGACCCACCAUUCGGACUUUCAUCAACUGAUUUUUGAAGCUGUCCGAUCAGGAGAGGUGUCGGAAAUCGAAAGGCUGGUAGAGAAGCUAGGCGCCGAAGUGUUGAGCGCGCGCGACCAGCACGGCUACACGCCGGCGCACUGGGCGGCGCUGGACGGCAGCGUGGCGGUCAUGCGCUACCUCGUGGAGAGGAACGCGCCGGUUGAUCUCUCCUGCUUGGGCACACAGGGGCCGCGUCCAAUCCACUGGGCUUCCAGAAAAGGUCACGCUUCCGUUGUGCAAGUACUGCUGCAGUCAGGAGUAGCUGUUAAUGCUGCAGAUUUCAAAGGUCUGACUCCACUAAUGACUGCAUGUAUGUAUGGGAAAUCCGCCACGGCUGCAUAUUUGCUCGGCAUGGGUGCAGCGACUCGUUUAUCUGACAUCAACGGUGACACCGCCCUGCACUGGGCAGCGUACAAGGGGCACGCUGAUCUAGUCCGGCUCCUCAUUUACUCUGGCGUCCCGUUACACUGCACCGAUAAUUUUGGAUCAACGCCUUUGCAUCUAGCCUGCCUGUCCGGAAAUUUGACUUGCGUUCGAUUGCUUUGUGAGAAGGUUAAAGCAGAACUGGAACCACGUGAUAAAAAUGGCAAAACCCCUCUAAUGCUCGCACAAAGUCACCGCCACGCUGAGGUGGUGAAACUGUUGCAAAAGGAGAUGAAACGCAAGUCCCACUGGAUGCCGCCGCUCUCGGAGUUCUGGGCGCUUCUGUUCGGUGGUGCCGGAGAUUCUAAGGGACCUCUACUGUUUUUCCUUGUCUCUGUCCUUUUGUGGGGUUAUCCUAUGUAUAUAAUUAGGUGCAUCCCCUUAACAUGGAAUACGUUACGCCUGUCCCAUUACUGCUUCCUCUACUGGAACGCCAUCAUGUGGAUCAGUUGGGUGAUCGCCAACCGUCGCGACCCUGGCUACAUCCCCCAGAACUCCGAAACCUACUACAGAGCUAUACGACAGAUCCCCUACUACGAUAAGUGGAAGAAGAGGAACAUCAUACUAUCACGGCUGUGCCAUACAUGCAGAUGUUUGAGGCCAUUGAGAGCCAAACACUGUCGCAUCUGCAAACGCUGCGUGGCUUACUUCGAUCACCACUGCCCGUUCAUUUACAACUGCAUUGGAGUCCGGAACCGCAUGUGGUUCUUCCUCUUCGUCAUGAGUGUUGCCAUCAACUGCACUCUUUCCAUAUACUUCGCCUGCUACUGUUUGCUGUUGGAAGGCUUCGGAGUACUGUAUGUGCUGGGUUUAUUGGAGGCCAUCAUAUUUUGCGUGCUUGGUUGGAUAUUGACUUGCACUUCGAUCCUACACGCCUGCAUGAAUCUGACCACAAACGAAAUGUUUAACUACAAAAGAUACCCAUAUUUACGUGACAAGAGAGGCAGAUACCAGAACCCUUUUUCGAGAGGUCCUUUUAUGAAUCUGAUUGAAUUCUUCGUGUGCCUUCCCGAUAAAUGUGACGAGCAAGAUAUAUUCUACGAGGAAAACAUAUGAUGCAAGCAUGUAUGACAAAGUCUGACUAAAACUCAUGACAUUGUCGAUUGGUCAACACCAAUGCGAUCAAAAAGUGAACUCGAACUUCGUUACAAAGUUGAUGACAUAUACUCCACACACAUAAAAAGUUAAAAGCACAAAAGGCGCCGCCAAUCAUCGUCCGUUGUUUUAAGUAUGUGUGAAAAUUGACCAAUCACAAUCAUUGCUCUACAGUAGAGUCGCAGCAUAAACAUGAUUGGCAGAUUUGGUCUUCGCUUCGGUUUCUAAUUGAAAUUCUAUGCAUUGUAGUUCUAUUUGCCUAACAUAACUUGUAUGUAACAGGUAGGUACAUAUUUCAUAUAGUUAUUUUAACUAAACACUGUGAAAUAACGUUAACCACCAAAUACUGAAAAAACAUCUAAUUUACCUUAAACUUUAAUUGGUAUUGAAAUAUAUUCUGGUGUUUACCCUAAUAUCCUUAACCUGAACUAAUGUUUCAGUAUUCUGUUAAAACUAAGUAUAAAUAAUUGAAUACAAUAAUUAUUGGUAAAGUUAUAAAUAAAACAAGAAUAAUAAUUUUGCACUGGUAUAAUUUAAGAACAGCAGUGUAGGCCUAAGCCUAAUUAAUUAUUAUUAUUAUUAACAACUAUAGUGCUCACUUCACACGGCGUCAAAUAUAUUAGUGUUUUUAACAAAUAGUCCAAUAGUUAAGACACAAUUUUCACCUUUAAUAUUCAUCACCGUUUGAAGCAAGCUUAACCUGAGUUUAAAAAACAAUGGGAUGACAGUUAAAAUAUCUAUUUACUUGCUAUUAAGUAUUAAUAUGAAUAAGUGUUUUUGUAUUUUUCAUUUGUGCUUUUGUUUAAACAAAUAAUAAAUAUUAAAUACGACAUUCCAUUGAUGACAACGAUAUAACAUUUUCUUUCCUACUUUACUUACCUACCAUAUCACAUUUACCUUUACACAUCAGUCCAAAAUCAUAGGCAUUGUAGUUCACCUCCAAAAUAAUUUUCUAUCGGAAUAGUCCAACCCCAAAAACCCCUCCCGCGUAUCGCCUGGCCGUCAACCUGCGAUCGGCGAGCCGUAGACGAUUCGACGCUUGAGCAAUACGAUUAUCAUCCGUUUUCCGGUUGAUAUGUGUGUAAACCCUUACGAGGUAUGGCAACAGAGGGGAGCGCCCCUGUCGCUCCUCUCGCGGGCGAGAAAACUAUCAGGCAAUGAAUGAAGGACACUCCUCACUCAUUAGCACCCGCUCACUUAUGACGUCAUACCCCGCACCCCCUGCGCCGACGUGAAACUAGUCACGUACUUAACCCAUACAUCGCCACAGGUAUCGUACAAUGCCUACGGUUAGUCUCACAGACCACAUCGUUACGAUACACUAAACACGUACAACCUAUAACAUUUAAAAUAUUCGAACAGACAAAAAUAACUCACUGGGUGUUGCGUUAUUAUUAUAGGUAACAAAUAUAAUAAUGUUUUUAUAAAAAAAAAAUGUGCUACAAAUGCAUACGACGACUAGUGACAAAAUACCCAUUGUUAUUUUUGUAUGCGGUGUAUAAUACUGAUGUGUUACCUAAAAUGAUCACUCUAUAUAAACUCAGAAUUACUUACACGUAAAAUAAGUUAGAUAUUAUGCAUUCAGCAGAAAAUAUAUUCACUAAUCAUAGCGCGC